AUGGCGGGCCCCAAGUUUGGGUCGUUCAAGUCGGAGAACAAGGGGGACUCGGCCGCGUCGGCGGCCGGCGCCGCGGCGCAGAGGAGGGACCCGUACGAGGUGCUGGGGGUGGGGCGCAAUGCCACGGAGCAGGAGAUCAAGAGCGCCUUCCGCCGCAUGGCCCUCAAGUACCAUCCAGAUAAGAAUGCAGACGACCCGGUUGCCUCUGAGAAGUUCCAAGAAGCCACAUUCUCUUACAACAUCCUCUCAGAUCCUGAAAAAAGGCGGCAGUAUGAUUCCUCUGGAUUCGAGGCCAUCGAAGCAGAUAGUCAUGAAUUAGAGCUGGACCUAUCAAGUCUCAACACUGUAAAUACAAUGUUUGCUGCCCUGUUUAGCAAGCUAGGAGUACCAAUCAAAACCACAGUUUCGGCAACAGUUUUAGAGGAGGCAUUGAAUGGCUCGGUGGAGAUUGCUCAGCUUCAUCUGGGCAAAUCCGUAUGCAGGAAGGUGGAAAAACAAUCAGCUCAUUUUUAUUCAGUGGACAUAACGGAAGAAGAAGCCAAAUUGGGGUUAGUGUGUAGGGUUCGUUCAACUGCUAAAAGUAAAUUCAAGUUGCUUUAUUUUGAACCUGAAGAAAACGGUGGGUUAAGCCUUGCUUUACAGCUUUUUAUCUUCCCUAAAUCUCCGCUUCUUACUGAAAAGGGUGUGUCAAAUAGUCCAGAAGACAUUCUAAUCAUGGGUGUCGGUGCAUUAUUCCAUGAAGAUAGUGGAAAGACCGGGAAAGUUACUUCUGCUGGGAUGUUCUUUCUUGGCUUUCCUGUGUACCGUUUUGAACAUAAUAAUUCAGCUGCUGCUGCAAAAGAUCCCGAUAGUGCAUUCUUUAAGAGAUUGGAUGGUUUUCAACCAUGCGAAGUUAAUGAACUGAAAGAAGGGACCCAUUAUUUUGCUGUUUAUGGCUUAUAUAAAGCAUUUGGUCCAUUAGGUGAUAAUUUCUUCAAAAGUGCAACCUAUACCUUAGAGGUUGUAUGUGCUGAACCCUUUUCCACCGAAAAGGAGAAGCUACGAAGCGUGGAGGCAAAGAUACUUGCAAAACGGUCCGAGCUGUCUAAAUUUGAGUCAGAGUAUAGAGAGGUUUUAGCAAAGUUCACCGAAAUGACCAGCAGAUAUGCUCAAGAAAUGCAAACGAUCGAUGAGCUUCUCAACGAAAGGAAUGCCAUUCAUGCAUCCUACACCAACAGCCCAACUCUAAAGCGGAGUUCCAGUGACAGCAAAGGGAAAACAUCCUCUAAAGGGUCCAAAAGUGACGAUGACCAAAGUGUAAGAAAAGAGAAGAAAUCUAAGAGUCCGACGACGAUGGAGGCAUCAGUGAGCGAUGAAGAGGGCCCUAAUAAAAAAGAAAAGAAACCUAAAGAGCGUCUUCGCAGGAAGAGAUGGUUCAACAUCCAUCAUUUGAAAGUGGACAAAAGAAGACCCUGCUGA